AUGGACAUUUCACAGACACUGCAGAAGACCACAGUCUGCAUCUCUGAAACCUUCUCCAGAUUGUCUUGCAUAGUAGAGCCUCCUCUCAAGAAUGAAGAUUGUGUGGAAGAAUUAAAUGCUCAAUGUAGAGCAAACGGAGAGAUUUCAAAACAAGCAAAUAAAAAACUUUUAUUUCUGAAACCUUUUAACAGAGAAAGCAAAGAAAAUUCUGCUCUGAAGAAAUCAGAACAAUUAAAGAGAAGAGAGAAACACUUUUUGUGCACUGACUGUGAGAAAAGCUUCACGCGCAAGUCGUCCCUUAUUGUACACCAGAGGAUACACACUGGGGAGAAACGCUACGUGUGUAUAGAGUGCAGCAAGAGAUUCGGUCUCAAGUCCUCUCUGGUCAGGCACCUUAGGACUCACACUCCAAAGACCCUGAACAUUUGUCCUGACUGUGGGAAAUGCUUCACUCGAUAUUCCAGCCUUUUCCAGCACCAGAAAGUGCACAGACGGGAGAAGCCUUAUAAACGUUCCUGGGGUGAGAAAAGCUUCUCUCAGGUAGCUCUGACUCACAGGAGAAGACACCAAGGAGAGAAGUUAUGUGAGCAGACGUGUAAGGAUAAUCUCCAUGAAACAACCGGAGACAUCCACAGUCAAGGUCAAAGCACCGAGGGCCACCAUGUUAGUCAGGAAUAUAAUGAGAGGUUUUGUGAGCUCAGUGGAGAACACACAGGUGAGAAGUAUCCAGCCUGUAAACAUGACUCCUGUGGUGCCAACCCUGUCCUGCUUGGAGGAGCAGAAUAUGCGGUUAAUAUCAGUGAUAUUUAUGUGAGUAAAGACAAGAGAAGAGAUGGCACUGAAAGUUUCCUAGAUAAGGUGAACCAGGAUGGAAUCAGAAUAGCUGAAGUGGCUUUAGAUAUGGGGGAUAGUUUCAUUGAUAUGGAGAAGUUGGCUCACAGAGAUGAUAAACACUUUUUGUGCACUGACUGUGAGAAAAGCUUCACGCGCAAGUCGUCCCUUAUUGUACACCAGAGGAUACACACUGGGGAGAAACGCUACGUGUGUAUAGAGUGCAGCAAGAGAUUCGGCCUCAAGUCCUCUCUGGUCAGGCACCUUAGGACUCACACUCCAAAGACCCUGAACAUUUGUCCUGACUGUGGGAAAUGCUUCACUCGAUAUUCCAGCCUUUUUCAGCACCAGAAAGUGCACAGACGGGAGAAGCCUUAUAAACGUUCCUGGGGUGAGAAAAGCUUCUCUCAGGUAGCUCUGACUCACCGGAGAAUCCAUAAACAUGACAAGAGUGAGCAGACAAUGUGCCAGGAACAUCUCCAUGAUCAAACCCAAAACAACGUAGCCCACAACACAGAGGACCCCCAUGCUUUUCAGGAAUGUGAGCUCAGGACACACACAGAUACUGCUGAAUCCUUGAACAACAAUGAGGUUAUUCUUCACAGUCGCAGCAAGAAGCACGUCUACCCUGCUGUUUCCCCCCAGAAAGUGUGUCCAAAUGAAAUGGAAGAGGGGAAAUCGAAAAGAGAGGAAGAGUUAUACAUAAAAAACAGAAAAGAUGAUAUAUGCUUUUUGUGUCUGGACUGUGGGAAAAGCUUCACACGCAAGUCAUCCCUUAUCGUACACCAGAGGAUACACACAGGCGAGAAGCGCUACGUGUGUACGGACUGUAGCAAGAGGUUUGGGCUCAAGUCCUCUCUCGUCAGGCACCUGAGGACCCACAGAGAACAAACACUUAAUAUCUGCUCACAAUGCAGCAUCUAUUUUAGCCGUUACUCUGACUUGAUGCUGCACUUGGAGGUCCAUGAUGGUACCCAGGAUACACAAGGUGAGUUGUCUGCGCUGAGAGACCAGAAGUGGCCCCCUUCAGGCAACGAGCCAGCUUCUGAUCAUAAUGCCAGUGGCUCGCUCCGUUCUCUCUGUAAUGAAGACAGAAUGAAAGCCGUGCAGGAAUCAGAGCAACGCUCUUUACAGAUAAAAGAAGAAUCUUCAGGAGACGUACAUGAGAAUAUAAGAGAUGAGUUCCCGGUGUAUCCUUAUUCACUGGACUGGGGAGAGGAAUUAGAUAUUUCUAAAGCUCUUGGAGAGGAUGAGAACACUGAACUGAUGACAAAGACUGAGGGAGAAGAUCAUUUGGUAACAGAGGCUGUGAUAGGCAGUAACCGGUGGGAUGGAGCAAGCCAAUCAGAGAUUAGAGUUAUUGUCACAGAGAAAAAACACUUUUUGUGCCUGGAUUGUGGGAAAAGCUUCACGCGCAAGUCAUCCCUUAUCGUUCACCAAAGGAUACACACUGGUGAGAAACGCUACGUGUGUACAGACUGCGGCAAGAGGUUUGGCCUCAAGUCCUCGUGGGUGAGGCAUCAGAAGACGCACAAUACACAGAAACUUCUAUAACCGCUUUAUAUAGCCUCCAACCAUUCAUAGUUUCAUAUGUCUGUCCUAAUACAGAGAUACCAGUGCAUGUCCCAAUACAGAGAGACCAGUGCAUGUUCCUAUACAGAGAGACCAGUGCAUGUUCAUAUACAGAGAGAAGUGUUCUUGUUCCUAUACAGAGAGAUCAGUAAAUGUUCCUAUACAGAGAGACCAGACCCUGUUCCUAUAUAGAGAGAAGUGUUCCUAUACAUAAAGACCAGUGCAUGUUCCUAUACAGAGAGAAGUGUUCUUGUUCCUACACAAAGAGAUCAGUAAAUGUUCCUUCCUAUACAGAGAGACCAGGACCUGUUCCUAUACAGAGAGAAGUGUUCCUUUUCCUAUACAGAGAGACCAGGACCUGUUCCUAUACAGAGAGAUAUGUGAAUGUUUGCGUGGCCACUGCUGACUGUCCUUGUGCGCAACCCCUGCUGACUGUCCUUGUGCGUAACCCCUGCUGACUGUCCUUGUGCGUAACCCCUGCUGAAUGUCCUUGUGCGUAACCCCUGCUGAAUGUCCUUGUGCGCAACCCCUGCUGACUGUCCUUGUGCGUAACCCCUGUGUUACAGAAGCAUUAGUUAUUUUGUUGUGAAGAGCUUAUUUCCCAGCAGCAAUGCCUGAACCAGCAAGCCAGCGCCUAAGAAGGGCUCCAAGAAAACAGUAACCAGUAUCAUUUCA